AUGUCGCUUUUUUACAACGCUUUGCUCGUACUCUUAUCAAUCAGCUUUACCGUCGAAGAAUGCGGCAGACCAAUAGGCAACGAAUUUCGACUCGAAGAGGACCGUGUGGUGGCUGGGUACGAUAUCGGGUACUACAGGUACCCUUGGUACGCGAUUCUGACCAGGUACAAUCAAGUGGCUUGCGGCGGUACUUUGGUGGCGUCCAAAACGAUUGUAACGGCGGCGCAUUGCUACAAGGAAUUUCUAAAUUUAGCCAGUAAAGGAGUGUUCAAACUGGAGCAGGCUUACAUAGUGAAAUUGGGCGUAUACAACAUUUGCACCGCGGAGAAAACCUCGAGGUCUUACACCGUGGAAAAAGUGCAUAUACACCAACUUUACUACACCAAAAAACCCUACUAUGAUAUCAGCGUGUUGAUUUUAAACGGGGACACCCCGUAUACACCGAUUUGUCUACCCACGCCGCAUUCUUUGAAGAAGCCCCUGGACGGUACGGUGCCCGGAUUGGGUACUCUGCGGUACCACGGGGCCAUGCCUUGUACGGUACACGAGGCCAGGUUGCUCGUGCACAAUCAAACCGAAUGCUUCGAUAUGAUCAAUAGUACCGGGAACGAUCCUAAUCUCAUCGAAAACGCCUUCUGCGCGGGGUACUUGCAGGGAGGGAUCGAUACUUGCCAGGGAGACAGCGGUGGGCCUCUACAAGGUUUGAGCGAAAGUGGCAACUACGUGCUUGUCGGUAUAGUUUCGUUCGGUUUCCGAUGCGCAGUACCCGGUUUACUGGGCAUGUACACCGACGUCGCGCAGUACGUGGAUUGGAUAAAAGAAAAAUCCGCCGGGCAAUUGCAAAUAGUACCGGUUAAAGACGAACACGCCAUCGGUACAAACAAUGAGAGUGAGAGUGCGCCCCAUAAACACCAUAAAAAGGGGCAUUUAUGGCGACCCUACAGGCGCCCCAUAAGGAUUAUAAUCUACAAGAAUAAUAAAUGGAACGUGGAAACCAAAAUGGUACUACACCGGCCUAUAAUCAGGAGCAAAAGGGUUCCGAAUUGA